AUGGAGGGGCUACCCACGCUUGUUGUGGCGUUUCUUGAGCGAUGCAGCUCCUGUGUGUACACAUUAGUGCAGUUGGGCGGUAUCGUCGUCUUUGCCUUUGGUCUGUCGUUGAUUGUGUUCUGUACAUUGACGUUUGUCCGAAUUGCCCUCCCGCUGAUGGCGACGCCGGGAUCGCUUUACUUUCUGAUCUUCUGGGCAGCCUCUAGCGCAUUAUCUUUCUGCAUUCUCUUCAACUACGUGGCGGCUGCAUUGUUCCGCAGCCCCGCUGUGAGCGCGGCGGAGACCCGGCGUCUUGCUCUUGAGGGUGAGGCGCUGCCACUGCGGCAACAGCGCCGUCUGUUGGAGGCGCCUUCCCGUUUCUGUGUCCUGUGCGACCGCUACAAAGCGCCGCGCGAGCAUCACUGUCGUGUGUGCAAGCGGUGCGUGACGAAGAUGGAUCACCACUGCCCAUGGAUUAACAACUGCGUUGAUGCCGAGAAUCACCGCUUUUUUUUCCUCUUUCUUGUCUACCUCCUGCUGGGCGCCGGCCUCGCCACCGUGUGUCUGGGCGUUUCGAAUGUGUGCUCGUUGUGGAGCGAGGCAGGGGUGCUUGACUCCUAUGAUCUCUAUCGCAACCGCUUUACGAGCUUUCCGGUGAUUUUCACACUUUUUUUGUGCAGCGCCAUCUCUGUGUGCAUGAUAUUUUUUGUUGGAUGGACGGGGCUGCACAUUUUGCGAAACGAAACUCAAAUUGAGAGGUUUAUCGUGCAGCAGAAGGAGCACCUCACGCGCAACAGCAUGGCUCCCUUCCGCAACCCGUAUGACCUCGGGCGGUGGCGCAAUAUUCUAGAGGUUUUCGCGACGAAAGGGGAUCCGCUAAUCCACCGCGUCGACAGGGGGGGACUUGUAUCGAACGCUGUGCUCGCAUUGUGGCUGCUUCUGCCCACACUUCGACCCGCCAAGUGUGAUGGCUUGCACUACCAAACAUUUGACGAUGAGGUGAUGCAGUUGGUAUAG